GCCGCCUCACAUGGGACCCACAAGACCCAAAACCACACAUCCUCGUCCUCCCAGACAACCACGUCACGUUAACAAUCGCCGAGACCGACGCUGACUUCUCAUUUCUCUCAUCUAAAGAGCCACGUCCCGAGACAGAGAUACGUUCUUUAGUACCAGAGCUUAACUCUCUCUCUCUUCUUUCUCUCCAAGUAACGCUCUUCCUCCAGAACCAAGGCUUCUCCAUUGGUUUAACAGCUCAUCACUCAGCUAUGGAUGACCGUACCAUCAUCAACGUUCCCGCUUCUCUUGACGCAAGAAUCAUAAACUUUUUGGGAGACAAGAACUGUGUGAGAUCACUUAAGCUGCCUCCUGUUGUGGAGAUUAGUCCAGAGAUUAUCAGGAUUACUCUCGAGUUGACUCGGGAGAAUGUUGACAAACUAAAGGAGCAAGCUAAACACGAGUCAGCUCGGUCUAACCUUCACCUGUCAACGUUUGUCGUCACCAGCGCUUACCUUUGGUCGUGUUUGGUGAAAACGCGUGGAGGUGGUGACGUGGAUAGACCGGUUCGGUUUAUGUACGCAGCUGAUUUCAGGAACCGGUUGGGUGAACCGGUUCCAGAGAGUUACUUUGGGAACUGUGUGUUUCCGACAGGGUGUUUCGGACAUAGAGCGGGAGUUGUGUCGGGAGGAGAUGGUUUUGUUAAAGCGGUUGAGAUUAUAAGCGGUUCGGUUAGAGUUGUUGUUGGUUCGGGAAAUAUUGAAGGGGUUUGCGAGUUGUAUAUUGAUGGGACGAAGAGUGUUGAACCGGGUACGCAGACUACGUCUGUUGUUGGGUCGAACCGGUUUGGGUUGUAUGAGUCGGAUUUUGGGUGGGGAAAACCGGUUAGUUGUGAGACUGUGUCUAUUGACCGGAGCGAGGCGUUUUCUAUGUCUGAGAGGAGGGAUGAGUCUGGUGGUGUGGAGAUUGGUUUGUGUUUGAAGAAGUGUGAGAUGGAUUUGUUUGUUUCUUUAUUUCAAAAUGGUUUGGAAAAUUAA